AAUCUGUCAGUGACAGCAGAAACGUCAAAAUGCCAGGCUUCGUGCAAGCGAGAAGCAGACCUUGCCGUUCUCUACUUCCGUGGUACUGUUACUGAUCUGUCACCAAAAUGACUAAGAAGAGGCGUAAUGGAGGACGCUGCAAGCACAACCGCGGCCAUGUGAAAGCCGUCCGCUGCACCAACUGCGCUCGUUGCGUGCCGAAGGAUAAGGCGAUCAAGAAGUUCGUCAUCCGCAACAUCGUGGAAGCGGCUGCCGUUCGGGACAUCUCCGACGCUUCGGUGUACAGCUCAUACGUACUGCCGAAACUGUAUGCCAAGCUGCACUACUGCGUGUCGUGCGCCAUCCACUCGAAGGUUGUCCGUAACCGUUCGAAGGAGACCCGUCGCAUCCGUACGCCUCCGCAGCGAUCCUUCCCGAAGGACAUGAACCGACAGCAGAACGCCCAGCGUAAGUAAGCGCCUGCCGCCGGGUCGACUGUUCUUCCCUCCUUCGGGCGUGUUCCCGACCAUCCCACACACACACCAUCUAGCAACAACAACCGCUCUCGGGAACACAGGAACGGAGUGUGAAGGAAGGAGAGAGGAGGAAAUUGCUGGUUCGAUUAGGAUGGGAAUUGUGUUUUGGCAAUCCCGAACCUCGGGUGGUGGUUCAGAUUGUUGCAUUCGAGUUUCGUGUUUCUAUACAUUGUAAGAAGGGGGAACAGAGAAUGUGCAAAGAGGCGAGUGAAAUAUAAGCGAGCACCUCCGGUGCUGAAAGGAAUUCCAUCUAAUCGGAACAUA